CCUGCUUGCUCCGCACCGCCCGCCCGGGGCCGCCCUACCUCGGCCCCUGGCCACCGCCGCCGCCGCUCCGAUGAGCUCUUACUUCGUAAACCCGCUGUACUCCAAGUACAAGGCGGCGGCGGCGGCCGCGGCGGCGGCGGCGGCGGCGGGCGAGGCCAUCAAUCCCACUUACUACGACUGUCACUUCGCGCCCGAGGUCGGCAGCCGCCACGCCGCCGCCGCCCUGCAGCUCUAUGGCAACAGCGCCGCUGGCUUCCCGCACGCGCCCCCGCAGGCGCACGCGCACCCGCAUCCGUCGCCGCCGCCCGCCGGGCCGGGUUGCGGUGGUGGGGGCGGCCCGGGCCCCGGCCAGGACUACUUCCACCCCGGCGGGGGCAGCCCGGCCGCAGCCUACCAGGCCGCCCCCCCUCCUCCUCCUCAUCCUCCGCAUCCUCCGCCUCCCCCCUGCGGCGGGAUUGCCUGUCACGGGGAGCCCGCGAAGUUUUACGGAUACGAUAACUUACAGAGACAGCCGAUUUUUACGACCCAGCAAGAGGCCGAGCUGGUACAAUAUCCUGACUGUAAAUCGUCUAGUGGUAAUAUUGGCGAGGACCCAGACCACUUAAAUCAGAGCUCGUCUCCUUCUCAAAUGUUUCCCUGGAUGAGACCACAAGCAGCUCCUGGUAGACGAAGAGGAAGACAAACCUACAGUCGUUUCCAAACCCUAGAGCUGGAAAAAGAAUUCCUUUUUAACCCUUAUCUGACCAGGAAGAGAAGAAUUGAGGUUUCCCACGCCCUAGCCCUCACGGAGAGACAGGUAAAAAUCUGGUUCCAGAACAGGAGAAUGAAAUGGAAAAAAGAGAACAACAAGGACAAAUUCCCAGUUUCCCGACAGGAGGCAAAGGAUGGGGAAACCAAAAAGGAAGCCCAAGAGCUGGAGGAAGACAGAGCUGAAGGCCUGACAAAUUAAAUUCUACCUUUAAAAUUUUACCAUGGACUAUUAAAACUAUGAUCAACACAUGCUGUUGGACACCAUCUAUUUUCUUUGUUGGAAAGGACUUUACCUGUAUUUCAAGCUACCUUCAUGUCACUGCUCUUGAGGUUUCUGCGCUUUGAGAGGGGUUUGGGUGUUAAAGGUUUAUAGUAUUGCAUAGACGCAGCGCUUGAGCUGUCCUAUGUAAGGGUAAUUUGAUACUGACCUUGUUGCUAUAUUUUUGUAAUGGUAGUUUUUAAUGUCUGAGCUGGUGAUUUGCCUCAACAACAUAAACUUCCUAAUGAUUAGCACUAAAUAAUUGAAUAUAAAAUGCUUUAUUAAUCAAACAAGUGCACUUGAACACUUAAUAUCAUUUCUUUAUGGUGAGUAAAUUAAAAGAGAUCUAUUAAUUUUUUUUUAAAAAUUAUGCCUGCAGAAUAUUUACUUUAUGUUAUUUGAUUAAAAUGUAUUAUUUAUGUUGUCCUUUUCUGCUUUUAUAAUGAAUGGUUCGGGUGCCUUUUGUUUACUCCUAAAAGGUUUCUUUGAGUAUUUUGUAAAUGUAAUAGCUCUGGGAAAAGUCUGGGCCAAAUAUUCAUAAAGCACAUGUUAGCUGAAGAGUGUAAUGUAUAGUCUGUCUCUGCAGCUUCCUUAAACUUGGGGGAAAUGUUGGGCCAAUGACAAAAGUUUCAGGAAAAUGUCAUAGUUGACAUUUAAUAAUUUUCCAUAGUCUAUACAAAUUAUGGCAAUUUAAUCAUCUAAAGGGAAUGAAUACUUGAAAAGCCAAUUAUAACAUUUUCACUCAUUAACUUUUCACUCUGGCAAGUGGCCUUGUGGAAUGCCUCUCAUUUCUCAACUUGCUUUCGUUUUGAACUGCGCUUGGUAUCGCCUGAAAUCGCUAGGUCAAUGCUGUGGCCGCUGCUGUGAUUACGUUUUUUGAAUAGGUGCCAUAUUUAUUUGUAUUCCUUCGCUCUGUUUGCACGCCCAUUUUGAGCCAACUUGUGUGCGUCUCAGAUGUCGGUUGGUACGUCCUCUGCUGUUCUCCAGGAUGGCCUCACCUAUUGAAACAAGCCCUGAGAGCAAAUGCAGAAAAAUCCGAGUGUAAACAACCGCUCCAGAACAUAGCGAGCUCCUUAAUAAAGAAAUGAAUCUUUUUCUAGAGCUAGUGUCUUUAAGCGCCACACAUAACCCUUUCCCUGAGUCAGGAACCACCACCUGGGCUACUAGAAGGCAAUGUUUCACUAAAGCUUCUAUUUGAUUUAAAAAAAAAAAAGGAG